CUCACACGGGUCGGCCUGUCGAAUCGAUAUGCCGAAUUCGACCGAGUCGUAUCGUCUGAGUGAUUAAUCGAAUUUGACAAAAAGGACAAAUCGGCCGCUCGAACCCGCAUCGAUUGUGUCGCGAGUGCGUACAGUCUGUUCUAGCUAAUCGGCAAGUUGGAUGUGGCGCGGCCAAUCAAAUUGCGUUUUGAUGUCACGUGAUAUUUGUUUACACACAAGCGGGAAACAUGGCUUCGUCGGCUGCGAAGAAACCACGCCUCGACUUUUCAAGAGAGGAAACCGAACGUUUUGUGGCUCACUAUCUGAGUCACGAAAGCCUGUGGAAUGUCUCAAGCAGUGAUUAUUCCAAAAGAGAUAAGAGGAACGCUGCAUUAACGGCGAUCUGCUUGGCAUUCCCGGAAAAGACACUGACGAAUGAUCAAGUGACAUCAAAGAUUGCGAAUAUUCGCACAUCCUACUCAAGGGAACUCAAGAAGCAUCUGGCAAGCAAAACAAGUGGCUCUGCAACAGAUGCUGUGUACAUUCCUGUAUGGGAUCACUUUGAGACCUUGGAUCCUUUCUUACGUCCUCAUAUGAGGCAGCGUGCAUCUGUCAGCAACUUCACAACACAGGAAUCCUCAAAUAGGCUGGUUGAAGAAAGCCAGGAUGAAGUUCAACUGGCCAUAGAAGACAACAAUACACCAUCUGAAAAUGAAAUAACUGCUGCCCUUGCUCCGUCUAAAUCACCCUUGCGAAAGACAACAUCAAAACUGAACCCCCAAGAUAGAUUCAGAGAGGCUGUUGUGUCUUCUCUGAGUGCUCUUGUCAAUAAGCCCACAGCGGACAAUCCUGGAAGAAACAAACAAUUUCUCUUACACUUAGGAGAAGAAAUGGAUGAAAUUACUGACAAGAGGCUACUAAGACAGCUCAAAUUGGAAAUGCAGCAACUUGUGUUUAAUUUUCAGCGUCAACAGGAAGAACUUAAUGAACCAUAAAUUCUAAUUCUAAAAUCAUGAGAGAUAUGCUAGAAAACUGAAUAAUUGUAUUCAUAUUUUCAUUUAUACUAUUUCAUAGUUGUUUUAUUGAAAAUAUCUGAUCACAAACAUUUGAUGUACCUAGAAUUUUAGACUCUUGUAAACAUGAUUGUGAGACAAUCUUUUAACUGGUUCAAAUAAUGCUAUAUUGUUGCCUGUUGAUAUGAAAUUGGGAUGAAUGGGAAAGAGGUGUAUAGGUAUAUUUCUAUAUUUAAUCACGUCUGACACCUGUGUUUUGCAAAAAAAACACUUCUGAAGCAUAUAGCAUUGACAAAGCUGUCAAAGUACUUACUGUCAUUGAUUUGCCAGGCUAGGUCAAUGCUAUGUUAUAUUUGUCACAAUCUUUACUUAUAGACUCUGCAUAUUAAAAGAAGUGGAAAAUUCAGUUUCCUUACGUUCCCCACAGCAGCUCAGUAAGUCUCUGAUCCUUUGGACCUGGAUAAUAGUGCCUGUAGCACUAUGAGCAGUCUAAUGCUUUUAAUGUGCAUGUCUGAUAGUAAUACGUUCUUUAUCGAUUGUAUGGUAAGUAUAAAGUUUUGUGUUAUAUGAAACAAAUUGCCUUGAUCGCUCCUCUAAAUAGACGUAAAUCUAUGUAUUUAUUAAUUGAAUAAUUAGAUUAGUUGACACCUAACUACUGAUAAUUACUAUCUAAGUACAUCAAUGUUUAUAACCAUUGAUUUAUUCACAAUGAUUUGGUAUUAUUCACUCGAGCUGUCCUCGAGGCAGGGGACAUCGAUGACUUUGUAUUAAUAAUAUAACUAUUAGUUUUUCGCUGACAUGUGUCCAGUAAUGUCAUGCAGACCAGCAAGUAUUUAACAAUUUUGUGGUUUGUUUUUCAAAUUUGGGCAAAAGUGAAAAUAUCAGACAGUUUACAAUUGUAUGG